GAGCGCGCGCCGGGAAUGGAGGACGGCGUGGCGGGGCCGCGGCUCGGGGAGGCGGCAGAGGCGGUCGAGGCGCGGGCGCCUCCCGGGGUGACUCUGAGGCCCUUCGCGCCCUUCUCCGCGGCUGCCGAAGCCGACGAGGGCGGCGGCGACUGGAGCUUCAUCGACUGCGAGAUGGAGGAGGUGGAUCUGCAGGACCUGCCCAGCGCCACCAUCGCCUGCCACCUGGACCCGCGCGUGUUCGUGGACGGCCUGUGCCGGGCCAAAUUUGAAUCCCUCUUCAGGACAUAUGACAAGGACAUCACCUUCCAGUAUUUUAAGAGCUUCAAACGCGUCCGAAUAAACUUCAGCAACCCCUUAUCUGCAGCCGAUGCCAGGCUGCAGCUGCAUAAGACUGAGUUUCUGGGGAAGGAAAUGAAGUUAUAUUUUGCUCAGACGUUACACAUAGGAAGUUCACACCUGGCUCCGCCGAAUCCAGAUAAACAGUUUCUCAUCUCCCCUCCCGCCUCGCCGCCCGUCGGUUGGAAACAGGUGGAAGAUGCUACCCCAGUCAUAAAUUACGACCUUUUAUAUGCUAUCUCCAAGCUGGGGCCAGGCGAGAAGUAUGAGCUCCACGCAGCAACAGACACCACUCCCAGCGUGGUGGUCCACGUGUGUGAGAGUGACCAAGAGAACGAAGAGGAGGAGGAGAUGGAGAGAAUGAAGAGACCCAAGCCAAAAAUCAUCCAGACAAGGAGGCCAGAAUACACGCCGAUUCACCUCAGCUGAACCGGCUCACAGACCACGACGACACGUUCUGAACCCUGCUCAUGGGGAAGAGUCUUUUACUGUGCAGGUGGCUGGCCAUAGCUUUGGAGGUGACCGCCAUGACCACUGUGGCAGAAAUUCCAGUUCAUGUUGCUCAGAAGAGAAUCAAGGCUUUGUCUCCUUGUUCUGAUAUCGCACCUCAGUCCAUGUCCGUGGCACCCGGGAAUGUCUUGGGCCAUUCACUGAGUCUGUGGUAAUCGCACAAGGAAAUCUGGGGACAUCUCAAGAAACUGAUAAUGGUGGUGUCUUGUACUCGCUCUUUUCUAGGUUCUGUUUUUGCCAAGGACAGGUUGACUGGUGGCCCAGGGAGAGAUUUCUGUUUCCAGCCAGCGUUCAGGGUCCAACCCCACUGGCAGGCAGAGGCCUCCCACAAGCCACCGCGUGUCCAGCGCAGAAAGGCUCCUCCUUCCUGCCGUCGUGUUCUAAUGUCCGUGCAUGUGUACUCCUGGGUUCCAGGACUAACCUUUGUUCAUGUGGAAUUCUGCCAUUGCUGUCUGUCAUGGGAAGCCGGGGAGACGCUGGAAACUUGUGGCCUCUCCUGGCCCCUGGCUCUCUCUGCAGCAGCACCCACACAUGGGGUCACACCUGGAGACGUCAUCCUGUCGUGCUUUCUCACAGGAUAAAGUUCCUGUGUAGUUCUGUGUAGAAUUUAGCGGGAGUGGAGAGAAGAGCAGCUUUGCUGCCGGCU